AUGGAUUCGCUAGCCUCAAGAAAGAAUCUGUUUAGCGCUUAUUUGGCAGUUAGCUCAGCACUUGCAGCAUACGCCAUCUAUGGAGUACUCUGGAGUAAGCCUAAUUUGUAUGCAGCAGGUAUAGAGCUUUCCAAAGGAUUCCCAUUGGUCAUUCUUACCAACUGGCUUAUCGGAUGGAGCAUUCUUAUUGGAAAAUUACUUCAGGAACUGAUGUUUGGAGAACUUAGACUCAUCGAAAUUGAACAUCUGUACGAAAGAUCGUGGUACACCGUUACCAACCUUAUCAUGACAUUGGCCAUGUUCAGAUCGCAGAAUAACCUCCUAAUCUUUGGGAUGAUAUUAUCCCUUUUGUUUCUGAAAAUAUUUCACUGGAUCUUGGGAGAUCGUUUGGACUAUCUCUUCCAGCAGCAACAGCUCAGUGACUACAAUGGCGUCAAAAAAGUGAUUCUUAAUAGGACCACGGCGGUGCUAGGCAUAUUCCUUGUAUUGGAUUACAAGGUGAUCUCCACCUGUAUCGACCAUGCCUUUUUACAUAGUACGGAUGUGUUUGUGGUGUUUGGCUUGGACUUUCUAAUGGUCUAUCUUGAGCUUCUUGAGGCCACUUUGAAGUACACAAUGAAUGUGGGCGAGAUAAUAUAUUUAAGGUACCGUCCGGAUGACGAGAUUUGGGAGGAUAAGGCAUGGAUCAGCAAGGUGGGAAUGAUUGCAAUUAGCUUUUUCCGUUUGGUUGCCGUUGGAUUUGUCUUUGUGGGACUCAUUUAUGCCUACAUAAUACCUGUUAACUUCACCAGAGACGUUUACAUUGGCGUUGUUAAGCUUGUGAAACAACUCAAAGAUCUAUUCUACUUGAUUAAAGCAGCCCGUGAUUUAGAUACGCAUAUUACUGAUGCUACGGAUGACGAUCUGAUAGAUCAGGAAAUGUGCAUCAUCUGUCGUGACGAUAUGACUACCGAUGUUCCAAGCAAACGGCAUAGAAAUGCUCCUAAAAAGCUUCCUUGUGGUCACGUGCUACACUUUGGAUGUUUGAAAAGUUGGCUAGAGAGAUCACAUUGCUGCCCGACGUGCCGAAGAGAGGUCUUCAGCGAUAACAGGGGUACACUACCUGAAUGGACGCACCACCAUCACGGCGUGCACGAAGAAGGGGAAGCUAUGCUGAACACUGGUACGGUGGGAGGAGAUACGACCCGAGGGAAUCCACAUCACACACGGGGACCUCGGGAACCACAAGAACCACAAGAGGCUCCAGUGACCCCACUGGCCCCAGAAGGAACACCUACUACUACUACUACUAAUACCAGCGAUUUCUCUAUUCGCCUUCCUUCUGAUUCCAUAAUCCCUACUGACUGGACCAUUCUUCCUAUGGAGCGUACGAAUAAGCCAAACCAAUAUAACGUGAGGCUAAACAGAGAAACUACAUGCAACCUCCGAGUGGUGAAGAGAGACCGGAUAAUGAACAGAGAGGAAUUCGAACAGUACGUAGUGAGACAUUAG